GAGAAGUGUGCACGGUAAACCACCACGCAGCAUUUCAGGAUCAGCUUUUACAUCUUUCCUUUUAAAAGACCGUCCAAACAGGAGCAACACGUACGCAGCCUCAGACAGGCAGGUAUCUUUCCCUUUUAUCUAGGCGGCCGCCCUAUAAAAAGGGAGCCGAACUUGCGAAGAUGCCAAUCCUCUGUAUGCUCUCAGCCCGUGGACCCCCAAAUUCACCAAGAUACCUAUAUAAGAUAUUGUCUCUCUCCUGCCCUACCACAAACACUAACCGGCCCCCGGCGCAGUCUGCCCGUACUGCGCCAACCUGCUGAUCCUCUCGCGCAUGGACGCGGGCAGUGGCGGCGGCAACCGGCUCGAGUGCCGCACGUGCCCGUACCAGCACGCGAUCGACAUGCCCAUCUACUCGCGCAAGAACUUCACGCGCCGCGAGAAGGAGGACGUCUUCGGCGGGCCGGGCGCCUGGGACAACGCGCAGAAGGGCCGCGUGCAGUGCCCGACCGCCGACUGCAGCGGCGUCGAGGCCGCCUUCUUCCAGGUGCAGAUCCGCAGUGCUGAUGAGCCGAUGACCACGUUUUAUAAGGUUGGCGUUUUCAUUCCCCCCCCUUCGGUCGGCUAUGUCAUCACGGGAUGCGGGGCCGAUGGCUGACGGAGGCAGUGUAUGACUGCUUUCAACCGGGGUACGAUACCACAAGAACAUUGGGCGGCGUUACGGGUUUGGGGUCUUUUCUCUUCAGUUUGUUUGUCCGCUGUGAUCCUUCGGGUCUGCUCAGCCACGCACAUGCCUGCGUCUCAAUAUUUAGCCUUCACGGACACAUCUCUCUGGCUAUCCCUCUCGGCCCGGCUUGUUGGCUUCCUGCCUCGCUCACAAGGGCGGAGUGC